AUGGUGAGCUUUGUCAGACUGAGAAAGGCCGUCGAGCUCAAGAGCUCAAAACUGGGGAACACCCCGGCUACGCCGUGGAUCAACAACGAUAUUGUUCCACUGCCUCCACAUCGCCGUACAUGGGACAUGUGGACGUUUAUGGGCUUUUGGGCCAUCAACAACCUUUGUAUUUCGAAUUACCAGGUUGGCUCGACGCUGAUCUCGAUCGGAAAUUCUGUUUGGAUGGCUAUGGUGGCCAACGUAAUCGGAAGAAUAAUUAUAUGUCUGAUGGCUAUUUUGAACGGACAAGUCGGAGCAGAGUACCAUAUCGGAUACCCCGUGUUCAGUCGUUGCGUGUGGGGUAUGAGAGGCUCGUACAUUGCUAUCGUGCAGAGAAUCAUGCUCGGAGUCGUUUGGCUGUCCACGCAGUCCUGGACGGGAGGUCUUUGCAUCUCCCUAAUUCUCUCUUCGCUGGCACCAGGCUACCAAAACAUGAAAAACACCAUGCCUGCUAGCACGCACAUGGAAACUAAGGAAUUUGUCGGCUUUGUCAUAUACUGCGUCCUCAUGUGCGGAAUGAUCUAUGUUCCUCCUGAAAAAUCGUCCAAACUGCUUACAACGCUGAACGUGAUGACCGGUGCAACUCUGUUUGGCAUGAUGGUGUACUGUCUGAAGGCUGCUCACGGGGCUGGUCCCCUCCUAUCUGAGCCGGCACUGGCAAACACAGCGUGGGACAAAGGUUGGGCCAUCAUGGCAGGAAUCAAAACUACAAUUGGAACCAUUGCCGUGGGAUUGACCAACCAGCCGGAUUACAACCGGUUUGCAAGAAGCCCUAAGGACCCUCUCAUUGGUCAGAUUGUUUCAAUUCUAUUCUAUGGCUCGAUUGUCCCACUCAUUGGCUGUCUCACCACUUCUGCCUCAGCCAAACUGUAUCCAGAUACCGACGGCGGCAUCUGGAACCCUCCUCUUUUGGCCGCUAGAUGGCUUGACGACGACUAUAAUGCCAAGAGCAGAGCUGGCGCCUUUUUCUGUGGUGUUGGCUUGCUAGCCGGGCAAUUGGCCAUCAACACGGUCGACAACGCAUUUUCUGCCGGAAUGGACUUUUCUGGCCUCUUCCCUAAGUUUUUAACUUUGAGAAGAGGUGCCUAUGUGGGGCUCUGCAUCUCCAUUCUUAUCCAGCCUUGGCAGCUUCUCUCGACUGCUGGUGUUUUCAUUAAUGUUAUGUCUGCGUAUGCGGUGCUUUUGGGGGCAAUGACAGGAAUCAUGGUGUGCGAUUACUGGGCUGUUAGAAAAAGAAAACUCAAGCUGAUGGACAUGUUUGAGCCAAGCAGCAGAUCUAUCUACUGGUUCAGGGGAGGCUUCAAUUGGCGUUCUUUUACAGCUUGGAUUAUAGGUUUUGCACCGCUGAUGCCCGGCUUUGUCAACGCUUGCAACUCCAACAUCGAGAUUCCUUCCGGAGCCAAACAUCUCUACCAACUGGCGUUCAUUUAUGGCUUCAUUGUUUCUUUCCUGCUCCACUAUUGCUUCAACCUUCUGUCGCCGCCUUCCGGACUCGGCGAGUUGGACACCAUCAAUCCGUUUGGAACGUUCACGGAGCAGGAAGCCCGAAACCUCGGCAUAUGUUGGGACGAAUCCGAGGAGAGCGACGCUCCAGAUUACGACAGGCCCGAGAAAGCUUCGAAGGACGCUGAAGUCAAAAUUAGAGAGGUCUCACUUUAG